UUUCUUUUUAAUUUUUUUUAAAAAUUUUUUGUAUUCUGAAUUUUUUUUUUUGAAUAAAACAAUGGAUAGAAUAUUAAGUUAUUUUUGUAUUCCUUUAUUGUCAAUUUUUUUGUAUAUUCUUGCUCAAUUCUUUUUCAAAUCUGAUGAUCUUAAUUUGUGUGAUAUGACAUUUAUGUGGCGAAGAAUGCAUUACAUGAAAAUUAAUGUAGAACAUGAGAGAUAUUCUUUAUUUCUUUAUGGCGAAGGGAUUUAUGCUGAGAAUUUUAGACAAACCAAUUUUCUAAAUGGUUUUCCUAUUUUAUUUGUCCCUGGGAAUGCUGGUUCUGGCCGUCAAGUUCGAUCACUUGGUUCACUUUUGCAAAACAAAACUGAGGAUAGAAUGACUAACUUUCAUUUUGAUGUUUUUGCUGUUGAUUUUAAUGAAGAAUUAACUGCUUAUAAUUUUGAUUGUAUUAUUUCUCAAGCAAAUUUUUUGGUCAAAGCCGUCAAUUCAAUCCAUCUUUUGUAUAAACAAAAGCCGGUUCAAAAAAUUGUAAUUAUUGGCCAUUCUAUGGGUGGAAUUGUUAUUCAAUAUGCAAUGAUGCUUGAAGAUUUUGUUGCGGAAAGGGUUGCAUUUAUUAUUGGGUUUGCUGUUCCGUAUUCUGAACCACCUUUUUAUUUUGACAAACGUUUUCUCUCUUUCUAUUAUCAUUUAAACAACAACAAAUCUCUCAACUUACCAAAAAUUAUUUCGAUAAAUGGAGGUAUUAAAGAUGAAUUUAUUGACGAAGAUUGGACAAAUGCUUCUUUUUUGGCUUUACAUUCAUCUACAAAUUCUUUAGAUCGUGUAUGGCUUGAUAUGGACCAUAAAUGUAUUUUGUGGUGUAAUCAACUUGAGGAUUAUACUCGAGUAGACAAUACUAACGGAAAAUUUAAUGAUCAUUUUUUAUUUAUUCUUUCAAAAAAUCAAAAACAAUCUCUUUUGGCAAUUAAUGGUUGUGAAUAUAAUAAUUUAAUAAAUAAUCGUUAUUUGUCAACAAAAUAUUUAUUUUCUUUGGCACAAAUUGGAAAUUGUUCAAAUAAUGCUUUUUUAAAAAUAAAUGUAAAAACAAAAUUUUGGUUUUUUAAUCAAAAUAUUGUUAAACAAACUCCAAUUAAUUUAAAUUUAUUUAAAAUUCUUUUUAAUUGGCCAAAAAUUAAAAUUUUUAAAAAUAUGGAUGAUGAAAUGUCACUUUUUCAAAUUCCUCUAAAUUUCACUUUUUCUGAAGCUGACUUUUUUAUUUAUAAUGUUGAAAUUGUUAUGAACAAAUGUAAAACAGUAAAUAAACCAUCGAAUACUUUUUUGUUGGUAAAUAACCAAAUUAGAAGAAUUGCCUCAAUUACUAAACAACACAAUAAAUCUUCUUUAACUUCAUCUAUUUUUAUUUACACUUCUAAAGGCGAUCAAGACAAAAACUUUCAACUUUUAUUAAUUAACACAAAUAAAUGUCAAGAAUAUUUACUUUCAUUUUCUUUUGAUUUUAAACUUUCUUUGAUUAGAGGAUUUCGACGGAUUCGACAUAUUCUCCCAAUUUCUUCUAUUUUAAUUUUAACUUUUUGUAGUCUUUUUGUAUGUUCAAAUUAUUUGGCUGGUUUUGUUAUAUUGUUGCUGGCUGUAAUUUUGAGAGUGAAUAUCGAUUCCAUUGCCGCGGUUUUUCUUCUUUUGUUUAAUUUAUUUUUGUUAUCAACUUCUUACAUUAUUUGUGUCAACAUUCUUCGACCAAUUUUAAAUAUUACUACUAAAAUUUUCAAAACAUAUUUUAAUUUAUUUAAAAAAGCAAAACAUUUAGUUUCUGCUUCUUUUUUAAUUUUUUUCUUUUAUUCACACAAUUCUUCACUAAUAUUUUCUACUUUUUAUUCUUUUGGAAAUUUAAUGACACUAAAUAAUUAUUCAAAUAAUCUAAUUUUCACUUCUGUUGCAACUCUUCAAGUGCUUUUUAGUUUUCUUCAAAUCCCUUCAGUUGUAGAUUAUAUAUGGAAAUUUAUAAAAUAUGGAAAAUGGAGAGCAGAGACGUUUGAUCCAAAUUUUGAGGCAAAUUGUUUGUUUGCUGUCUUCAUUUUUAUAUUACAAGAAGAGAAUUUAAUUUUUCAAAAAUUAUUAAACAAAAAAUUGUCUGAAAGAAAUCUAAAAAUUUUAACAAAUUUAAUUUUACUUUUCUUUUUUCUUUUGAUUUAUAUUCGAAAUCCAAAUUAUUGUUUUAUUACUUGGGAUGAUCUCACAUUAUUUAUUGUAUUAAUUUUAAUUUAUUUGAAGAAAAAUAUAAAAAUUUAA